GUUUUAACCGCGCGAUCGUAUCACGUGACAUCCGGCCGUCGAGGGUUCCUUUUCUUUUCCGGCAAGUUGCGAACUUCGGUGUUUGUUCUCUCUCGCGGAGCUAAGGUCGUAUCGACGACUUACACCGAUUUCUAAGUUCCAUCCGUCUCUCGAUCGCCAGGAUCUAAUCAGAAAAAAUGACGUCCGAGGCCGAGCUCGCAUGCGUUUACUCCGCACUGAUACUCGUCGACGAUGACAUCGCCGUAACCGGUGAGAAAAUACAGACGAUUUUAAAAGCGGCGAACGUAAACGUUGAAUCGUAUUGGCCUGGACUUUUCGCUAAAGCCUUGGAAGGCAUAAAUGUUAAGGAGUUAAUUACCAACAUUGGAUCUGGUGUCGGAGCGGCACCUGUAGGAGCAGCUCCAGCCGUUGCUGCACCUGCUAGCGCAGAAGCUGCGCCAGCCAAAGAAGAAAAGAAGAAGGAAGAACCAGAGGAAGAAUCAGACGACGACAUGGGUUUCGGUCUAUUCGACUAGGCUCAGGGAUCGCGUUGGUCCGUUCUUUGUAUGUAUGUACUGUUAUAUUGUACACAAUAUAACAAUAUAACAAUACACACAAUAUAAACAAUGAAACAUUUUCAUUAAGAAA